AGUUUCAUGGGGGGGAAACGCUGUAAUUUCCUUUUUUACUUUCACAGCAAUAGUACAGAAUCCAGAAUGGAUGUCCUCUUUGUAGCUGUCCUUGCUGUGCCACUUAUGCUGGGACAAGAAUAUGAAGAUGGAGAGAGCCUGGAAGAGGAUUAUUACUAUUAUCAGGUUGUCUAUUACUACACAGUCACCCCCACUUAUGAUGACUUCGGUGCAAAUUUCACCAUUGAUUACUCCAUGUUUGAGUCAGAGGACAGGCUGAACGAGUUGGAUACAAAGGUAACAGAAGCAGUAGAGACUACCAUUAAUCUUGAAACAGAACCUGCAGACCAUCAGAAGCCUGUAACUGUGAAACCAGCAGCAAUGGAACCACAGAGUCCAGAUCUGAAUGAUGGUGUUUCCAGUCUGCAGAGUCCUGUACUCCUCCUCCUGUGGUGGGCCCUAGUUCAGGGAGGGAUGUAUUUCACAUAAAAGGUGGGAGAAGGCUGCUCUGACUCUUUGGAUGGAGAUUUGGCAAGAGGAAAUUGGAAAAUAAAAUACAUAAUAAAUGAAAUA